CUCUGGGCACGAGAUGGAGCGAUGACGUCACGUGACCUUUCCCCUCCACAGUGAGAAGAAAAAUGGCGGUCCGCUUGAAAAUGGCAAAUUCUCGGCAAGGAUUGAGGACUUUCCCUUGUAUUUAGACAGGUAUAAUUGUGACCAUACAAGCAUCGCAGUAACACAGGCAACACUUGUGUCAUGUUUAAGUUCAGCGUUGGACUGAUAAGGUGGAUUGAUGUCUUCCUCGGACACUCCAAGUGCUGUCUUUGGACGUGGUGAUCCUUUCUACGAGCCUCCAGCCCGACCAACCCACUACCACCCAUCCGCACCCAGGAAACUGUCAAAACGAGAAAAGAAAAUAACACUGAGCCCAUCCCGACUGCGUACUGAAGAACGCCCGGUACGGACGGCCACAGAUGAAGCGUUCCUCCGGUCUGCUCCCCAGUUUACAGUCCCCACCCACGACACCCCCAGUCCGCACUCCUCGCGGUUUGAUGAGUCCUGGCCGUCCAGCGAGCGUCCGUCAUCAGUGAUGACACCAGAGCUGUCGCAGCCCUCCCCAGAUAGUGACUCAUCUUCCCAGCCGUAUCAGCGGGCACGUCAGGUGCCAACCCUAGAGUCAGUGAGAGAAAGAAUGGAGAGACUACAGGUGCCUUCUAAAGCAGAGGACAAGAAAACAGAAGGAGAGUCUACCAUUUCAAAAUAUAUAGACAGGUUUCGACAUGGUCAGCCCCUGAGCAGAGAGGAGAGAGAGAAGCGACAGAAGGCUGCAGCGGAGCGUGACUUCUGGUGGCUGUCAGCUGCCACCUCCCCGUCUACACCUACCAGUACAUCCACACCUACAGAGGACAGGACUGUGCCAUUCAGGGACAGGGGGAGGACUAGGAUUAGGAGGGGAGAAAGUCCACAAAGACAUGUCAGUAGGGACAGGUCACAGUCACCAUCUACUAGUACUCCUACACAACCUCUGACUUCCACCCCUACAUCCAUCCUGCUGUCCCCUAUUGAGAAAGAGACCAGAGCUCUACAGGAGAAGGCAGACAGGCUGAUUGAACAGAGUUCCAGUGCCCUUAGUGAGCCAGCAGUCAGCUCAGAUGGACUUGGUCAUACCUCAACUUCAUCUGUCCCAACAAGCCUGGAUGAGCCGGCCUAUCGGCCUGCAUUUGGACCAAGGUUUUAUGAUAAGGAAAAUGUGCCGGAGGAAGCUCCACCAAUCAAUGUGCAGCCUCACCCUCCUUCAUCCCGUCACCAUGGAGACGACAUCCUGUACCAGUGGAGGCUGCGCAGGAGGAUGGAGGAGGCGAGGAAACAGCCUGCAGCUGGUCCAUGGACAGGGGCAUCUCCACCUGUCAGACUCAGCUCUGUACAGGAUGGGGAUCAGACAACUCCACUCAGUGCCUUCAGACAAAGACUGGCAAAGUCCACUGGGAUUGAUGUAUUGCCACCCGAGCACAUCCAGGAAGCAGCACCUAGGUCUUCCCAUGAUGCACCAGUGCCUUUCCAUUAUGCACCAAUAUCUUCCCAGCUUGCAACAGAACAAUCGACCCAGACAGAGGUGCCAAAGCAUUCCGUAGUGCCUUCUCAAGAAGAGGCAACUCCCGCUGAAGUUAACACUAGAAAACAAGAUUGGUCUCCUCCAAGGAGAUUAGCUGACACAGUGCCCAUUGCAAGCCCAAGUCUCCGAGGUGUUUCCAAGCAGCCAGUCACAGAAAGUGAUGAUAUCAUCCCCCACAUGCAUCUGGAAUGUGACAUCAUACCAUGUCCACAUCCUGAGGUGCACGAUCAUAAGCCUUCUAAAGACUUUAAGACACAAAGGAAGUCACCUGAGAGAGGCAGAAGCAGGGAGAGGAGGAGAGAGUUGUAUCAGGAGGAAACGUCCACCUCAGGAACAAGAACAGAAUCAGACGAAGACAGAAGAACAAGGAGACAAAGAGAAAAGAACUCAGAGGAAUCAGGCAGCCUUGAUGAGAUAUCAGCAGAAGAUUCUGAGGUUUAUUUUGAUCAUAAAAAUGAGAGAAAGAAACAGAGAAGUUAUAGAGAAACUGACAGGGAACAGAAAGGCAACAAAGAAAAAUACAGACCAGAAAGAAGACAAGAGUCCAUAGACAAAUUGGAGAGGAGAGGGGAGAGAAAAUUUGGGCACAGAAGCCAUGAGUCCAGGGAGAGGAAGAAAGCAGAACCAAAGCAGGGGAGAUCAGCACCACCGAGACACAGUAGCCCCAAGGUCGCUCAAUCACCUGUAAGGAGUGCCAUUGGACAGGUAAUUUCGCAGAGGUUGUUCACUACCCCACCUGGUACACCCCAGUCCAGUGUGGACAGCCUUCCCAGCACCCCUCCUGACCCUGUUCCUGUAUAUCUUGAGGAUCCCAGCAGACAACUCCCACUGCAGCCACGGGGCAUUGCUGUACAUGACGGUGGCCUGGAGUCAUCUGACGGAGAGGAAUUCGCUGAUGACCCACUGUUGGUGGCGCUCAGGCGACAGAGGGCACAAUAUGAGGAGCAGCUCAGGGUUAUUGAUGGCUUACUGCUGGGAGCAGCAGACACAGGGGACCGGCAAUGACAACACUUUGGGCACCCUACUGUGGAACCGACCAGGGGGCAAGAAAUGAUACGUGUAUCAACAGCAAUCAACAAGGACUGUUAGAGCAGACAUCUUUAGUCUGUCAACCCAGCUUUACAUGAAGAUCUGUCCAUGGCUACUGGAACAUCAAUCGCUCUAAAACUAUUAUAGCAAAUAGGACUUCAGAAUUGAUGCUUCCAGAAUGCUAUAUACUAGUAGUUCAUCUAAAGGUAAAGACCCUAGCCUUCAGGAUGAAGAUGAUGAAGCCAUUUCUAUGGAAAUCAGUUUUAGAUUGAGUGGAGGCAAGCUAUCUGUGCCAACAUGAAGUUAUUUUCCUGACAAAGUCUGUCUUGAGGGGAAGAAAGAUCCUGCAAGCAGGCAGUGAUGCAGUGCCGAUGCCUUACCAGUGGCAUGUUGAACACAGGAUGAAGACACUGCAGGCAAGAAGUGAUAGAGACAUAAAGUCAUCUUCUUCAGGAUGACAGAACGGGUUCAUCUUCAGGUCAAAACCCUGGAAGGAGAAAGUGCAGUGCGCUGAUGAUAUCUCCUUUUUAACGAGUUGACUUGAUUAAGAAGAAGACACUGCUUCUGGAGGCAAAACAUGGCGUGCAGUCUCCAUCAAUCACAUCCAAAGAGUUAGCAAGAGGACAGAGGCCACUAGAACAGGACCUUGUCGAGAAUACAAAGCUUUACCUCCUACAAGUUGGGGGAAAGGCACGCCGGUAUAAGCUCAAUUGUUACACUAUUGUUUAGAUAGUAUAAAAUGAAUUACAGUACUCACAAAUGCUACUCAAGACUUAAACUAUAACAGAGAGAGUUGUAAAAUUUACAAAUAUUGAAUAUUUCUGCAGAUAAAGGAGAAAUAUAAUUUCAUCAGAAAGUUGUGACAUGUUACAAGAAUUGCAGAUAUAUUUUCCUUCAGUGGAAUAGUUGCUAAAAAUAAAAUGAGUUCCUGAAUUUCAAGA